AUAAACCCUCGAGCCUGGAGGGAGCUCGAAGAAGGAGGAGGAGGAGAAGCAGCAGCAGCUGCUCCGGGAGCUCAGUUCGGUUCAGUUAUUCUUUGGUUUCUUGUCUUGGGCAGAUACAGGAGGAGUGAAAAAUGGUGGUGAGGAUCCGAUUGUCGAGAUUUGGGUGCAAGAACAAGCCCUUCUACCGGGUCAUGGCGGCUGAUAGCAGGUCCCCAAGAGACGGCAAGCACCUCGAAGUCUUGGGUUACUACAAUCCCUUGCCAGGUCAAGAUGGUGGUAAACGUAUGGGAUUAAACUUCGACAGAGUGAAGUACUGGCUCUCAGUUGGGGCUCAGCCUUCAGACCCUGUGCAGCGGAUUCUCUUCAGAGCAGGCUUUCUGCCUCCACCACCGAUGGUGGCGAUGGGCCGGAAAGGCGGGCCACGAGACACUCGGCCCGUUGACCCGUUGACUGGACGCGUCAUAACUCCUGAUAAGCCUGUCAAGCCAGACGAGCCUGCGGAGGAAAAUGCAAACGCUGAGACUGCAGAGUGAAGCUUCCCAUUUGCUGCAUUCAUCGAGAUUUUCUUGUUAGGUACUGUCAGUAUAAUUUUUUUUUUUUUUUGGGCUUAAUGUUAGUAUCAUGUGUUUAAUCUAUGACUAUUUCUCAACAUCACAUACGUGGAUCGUGUAGCUUGUGCUCCCGGGCUCAUGAGCCUUGUUUCACCGGUCAGUCAUCCCUGUAUGUGUGAAAUAAUCGUUGUCCUUUGUCGCCAUUUAUCAUAUGGCCAUAGAGAUUCACAAACAUCUUGCAUUUGUGGUGACAACUCAUAUAGACAAAGCCGUCUCCAUUUUCUCCUGUCAA